AUGCGCAGGUCGGGUAAGCAACGCAAGGCCGAGCUGCAGCUGAAGCGUGCCGUCAAACGUGGUGACGUAGCCCCACCUGAAGCACAACCGCGCAGGAAGAAUUUCAGGAGACCUCCGAAACUCGGCCAUUCACUUGACGCAAGGCUUUUAGCAGAUGACGCAUCUAGGGCUGCAAGGAAGCUUCAAUCACAAUUCAUCAAGAUUGAUCCCGCCUUCCUGGAGUCCACGAAGCACUUGGCUGCUACCUUGCCCUUGACGAGGCCUAUAUCUGCUGAUGUAUGCCUCCUCGGUGUUAAUCAUGCACAGUUUGGCACCGAUCUCGUAAACGAUCAGCUUAAUGUCCCGAGGAGACCGAAGUGGAAGUACACCAUGUCAAAAGAUGACGUAGAUGUCAAUGAGCAAGGCUGUUUUCGCAGAUGGAUGACUCAAACCGACGCCAUGGUAGAACGUUGGCAUAAUCAAAACAAUCAGCCAGAUGCAUCGACUGAUCUAGCGUCGGCUGACCCAAGUAUCCCUGAUACUACUGUUCAAGAAAGAAUGCCUUGUCCUCCCACCCAUUUCGAGCGCAAUCUCGAAGUUUGGAGACAACUCUGGCGAGUAACAGAAAUAUCUCAAAUCCUUCUUUGUCUUUUGGACUCUAGAUGUCCACCGCUCCACUUCCCGCCUUCGCUCGAGUCCUAUUUAGCCUCUCGAAAAGCGAAAGUCAUUCUCGUUCUCACAAAAGUCGAUAUCGCAGGUCCAGAAAGAGCUGAGGCAUGGACUGCAUAUCUUCGGAAGCGGCACCCAGGGCUACCCAUCGUCCAAGUUGAGGCGUAUCAGCAAAAAGUUGGCGAGCAAGGACGUCCAGUCUAUGAAUCGCACCUCCCCCUUCCCUUCAGAGAACGUUUGGUUAGCGCCAUGCGUCAAGUGCACGAAGAAAUGUUAAUCCCCCCUGAACGGGUGCGCUCGGAUGAGGCCAAGCUUAAGCGCUGGAAUCCACCAGUCAAGCGCGAGAUUGAUUGGAAUGGCUUGCUGCAUGCCCAUGGCAAGAAAGUAGGAAGUGUCGUCGGGGGCGCAGCUAUGCCAAAGGGAAAGGGCAAAGAGGAUACCGCAGAUGAUGCCCAAGAACUAGAACAGGAAGCUAGUGAUAGUGAAGGACAAUUAGAAUGGCAAGAGCCAGAAUUUCUGACUGUCGGUUUGAUCGGUCAACCGAACGUUGGCAAGUCAUCCCUUCUCAAUGCACUGUUCGGAAUACACAAAGUUCGAGCAUCACGGACCCCCGGAAAGACAAAGCAUUUUCAAACUCUUUUUUGGAGCCCUGAUGUCCGUCUCGUUGAUUGUCCAGGGCUUGUAAUGCCCGCCUUCACACCAAUGGACACUCAAGUUCUCUGCGGAAUAUUACCCAUAUCCCGUGUCUCCGCCAUCCCAUUUUGCAUCCACCAAAUUGGGCAACUUCUCCCGCUCGAGACUAUCCUGGGUCUCACACACCCUUCAACGAACAGCGCGCCCGUUGAGGACAAGCGCACCUGGCGCGAUGGUAAGCAACCUUCAGCGAAGGACAACAAGAUGCACUGGACAGCGACGGAGAUCAUGACUGAAUAUGCGAACAAAAAAGGCUGGGUUACCGCAAAGGCAGGCAGGCCAGAUAUCCACCGUGCAGGCAACGCCAUACUGAGACUCGUCGCGGAGGGCAGGAUAGCAUGGGCUUUCUGGCCUCCGGGAACCGACUUAGCGACUGUUAGAUCCAGUGGGGGCAACGGAAUCUGGCUCAUUCGCAAUGCAGACCAGCACGCCCAAGAAUUAGAUGAAGAUGAUGAGGGAGGAUCAGGCUAUGAAACUGACGAGGUCGAAAGUCCUGAUGAAAGCAGUGAAGAUAGCGAUGAAGAUAAACAUGCGACCGACGAAGAAGAACACCAGGAUGCGGACAUCAAGUCUGUUACUGUUGGUCGCUUUGGUGUGCUAGCGAUAGAUGAUUGA